AUGGGAGAAGCCAGCAAGAAAAGCUUCAGUUCCUCCAGCCUCACAGGACAUGGCUACUAUUAUACAUAUCCAAGAGUGUCUUUCAACCAAGAUCUCUUGGAGCCAAUCCACCUGGAUGUUGACCCAGCUCUCCAGGAGAUAAAGACCAAGGAGAAAGAAGAUAUCAAGAUGCUCAAUAACCAAUUUGCUGCCUUAAUUGGGAAGGUGCAAAGUCUGGAACAACACAACCAAGUUCUGGCCACAAGAUGGAACUUUUUGAAAGAACAAGACAAUUCCCUUUCUGAUUUCGACAUCAAGCUUCUCUAUGACCGGUACAUGAAUAAACUGAAUCUCGAAAUGCGAUCUAUAGAUGCGGAAAAAGAACAGCUGGACUCAGAAAUUGAUGAAGUGCUAGUUUCUAUGGAUUCCUUCCGAAACAAAUACGAAGAAGAAAUAAACAAACGCACUGGGAUGGAAUUCACCUUCACAACACUCAAAAAGGACCUGGACAAUGGCUUUCUCCACAAAACAGAAUUGGAAACAAAACUGAGUGGACUUCAUGCUUGGGUGGAGUUAAUGAGUACCAUCCAUGAGCAGGAGCUUGAGGAAGUCAUGUCCCAGGUCAAAGAUGUUUCAGUUGUGCUGGGGAUUGACAACAACAGAUACAUUCCUGACCCCCAACAAAUUGUGGAGGAUGUGAGAGCUCAGUAUGAAGAUCUGGCUAUGAAAAGCUGGGAAGAAUUGGAGGCGCUUACCCGACUCAAGCUGAAUGAAAGGGAAGUGUUAUGUGCUAAGUAUGGGGACCAUCUCCUUAAUGAUCGGAGGUUGAUUGCUGAAUUAAAUAUACAGAUCCAAAAACUGAGGUCUUGCAUUGUCUCUCUGAAAAGCCAGUGUCUACAUUUAGAAGAUAACAUCAAAGAUGUUGGUCUACAAGGAGAAACGGCCCUCCACGAUGCCAAAGCAAAACUUGCAAAAUUGGAAGAUGCCCUUUAUAAUGCCAGGCAAGACUUGGCUCAGCUGGUUAAGGAGUACCAAGAGCUGAUGAAUACCAAGCUGGCUUUGGACAUUGAGAUUCUCACUUACAGGAAACUAGUAGAAGGAGAAGAAAUCAGGUAA